UUCAAAGAAAACCGGAUAACAAGAUACAAACGUAAAUCAACAAAAUUUUGAAAAGAUGAAACGCGCCACAUUCAAAGUUUUAGUUCCUGUCCUACUGACUCAAUUAGCUGUGGCAGUGGUCGGGCACGAUGGCGACAAUUUGGCGAAAGAAUACGGCGCGAAGAUUCAAAAAGAUAAAAACAGAAACUCAAUGAGUGCCUUUGGCAGUGGUCAGACAGAGGAGUUUGACGAACUUAACCCCAACGGGCGCUACAGUGAAUUCUGGCCAAUGAGAUGGCCCAAAGAGCCAAAUCAACCGAAAUCAAAUCACAAAACAAAUCACAAAUCUAAGUCACAUUUUCCUAUUCCAGCUCACAGUUAUUUCGCUCCGAUUAUUUACAACUAUGCAUCAGCAUUCAAACCUUAUGUUCCACUUUACGUUCCUAAGAAGACUCCCAGUGUCGACCGCCCUACUUCCGUCUCUCCUACAGCUUACUACACCGAAUCACUGAUUUACGGUUACACAACGCCAUCUUAUCCAUCACCGACUUUUUCACCUUCGCCUUACUUUCCUCCGGAGAACAUGGAUUCCACCAUCGACCCAUCAUCACGGCCUCAAUACCCGUCGAUAUUCUACAAUGAUUUAAAAAAAAGAGCCGGAAUCAUCACAGAAUAAUGUCGGCGCAGAAUUUGUUAAUGACGAUAACGAUUUUCCCAAGUUCGACGAUUUCUUAAAACAGAGUUUGAGUUUUCAGCACUUCAGACCUUGAUCAAGUUUGAGCGAGAUUUCAGGUAAAAUUCUGUGUUAAUCAAUAAGAUAGUUUUUUAGUUAUAUACCGCUGACACCCAUCGUAAUGUCGUUAAUAAUCGAAUGGCAGGCCUAUUCUACUACAACGAAAAUGUACAAUGACAAAAUCAAAAUAAAUAUUACCCCGUGUUGACCCUUAAAAUAACCAUGCAUAACAUUUAAAAAAAAGGAAGAAAAAUAAUAUAAGUAUUAGGCUAUGUUGUUAUUAUCGGUAAAUCUGAAAUACCGUUAAAGGCAAUAUAAGCAUCCGUGCCCGAUCCUUGCUAUCUACAUCCACCGUACUGAUGCUAUGUACGUAUAAGGGCCUAUAAGUAAUAUUACGCCAGCAAAAUCUCAUCUACACCCCCAGCAUUUUCUCUUUUUUG